UUGAUAGGAAUUGGAAGAGAGGCUGAAGCUCGCCUCAAAUCGCCCCGAAAUUUUUCAAGUCGAGGCAGACGCGCGCACCAACCCGUAGUCUAACGCGAUCGCGAUCGAAAAUGCAAUCCGUCAUUCGGCCCAAUGCUUGGGUGGCCCUCAAACUCCCGUCAGGCAGCACCAAGGUCCUCCAGAUUACUCCUAAUACGACAAUAUCGCUAGGAAAAUACGGCUCGUUCCCCGCAAACUUGAUCAUCGGACGUCCCUAUCAUCUCACCUUCGAGCUACAAGACAAGUUACUAGACGAGAACUUCUCGCGUCUCCGGGUCGUCCCCACGUCAGAGCUCUAUGCCGAAGUGUUCGCCGACGAGGCAGCAGCCGAAUGCGCCACGCCCGCCACGGGCGCAAACGACGCCGUGAUCUCCGCGACCGACGGGGAGGAGUUUAGCCUGGUCGACGAGAAGGGGAACGUCGUUGCGCGUUCAAAUCGCGAGAUCAUCGACGACAGCGCCCGCCAGACCUUGACACAGGAGGAGAUCGAGGAGCUGAAGCGGGAGGGCAACAAUGCCGGCAAGGACGUCAUCGCGAAGCUGCUUCUUUCGCAUACAGCGCUCGACCAGAAGACGAGCUUCAGCCUGGCCAAGUACAAGCUGCUCAAGACCAAGAAAUACAUACGGAGGUUUCAGGUCCUACCUAUCGAUGUUGCAAACCUUGCGCAGUGGCAAUUGGAGGAGAGGGAUGCUAGCAAGAUCAUGGACAUGAGGGCAGAGAUGAUCGGGCUCGUCGGAUGCUGGGGCAAUGUCCAUUACGGUGGCGAUGAUGUCUUGCUCGAGGAUCCGAAUGCCACCGUUGCCCAAGGGGACGAGGCCUGUGUGCCUGUAGACGAGGGUCUGCUGAGGGGGAGGUGGCUUGUGGUGGACGACACAUGCGGCUUGUUGGUUGCGGCAAUGGCCGAGAGAAUGGGCGUGCUCUACCCAAACGAGGACGCAGAGACGGAGGGGAAGACGGAGGGACAGGACAAGGAUGCAGCGGAGCAGACCUCUGCUAUUCCUGAACAGACGGAGGAGACCAACGUUGACCAGACGGAGGCCGGGAAGACGACUCAGGAGCGCGAUGACACUGAAAUGACGGACGUACAGGCGGCGCCUACGAAGCCCGAGGCGGAGAAGAAACCGAAACAACAAAAGACCCGUCCCUCCGACUUUGCAAUCCCUUACUCCCAAACCAACACCAUUACAGCCAUCCACGGGGCCAGCCAGCCCAACCUCUCACUCCUGAACUACUGGGGCUUCGACAUCACCUCUCCCAACCAUCCUCCGCACCCGUUACUCAACCACCUCCUUACUCUCACCUGGCUGCAGCUCCUAAAACCGGAGCUCGAUUUGGCAUACUCCACCCCGCCACUCACCGCGUCACCAGAGACUCUCGCAUCAUGGAAGCCAAGUCGCCGAGGAAAUUUUCACCGCAAGCGGAGGAGAUACGCCCGCAUCCGUCACAUCGUCGACAGCACCCGGGCAGGGAACUUUUCCGGCCUCGUCUGCGCAAGCACCAUGGAUCCAAUCAGUAUCCUGCGACACACUCUCCCCUUGCUCGCCGGCGGCGCGCCCGUGGCCAUCUACUCACCAUCAGUGGAGGCGCUGGCAGCUGCGGCCGAUUGCUUCAGCGUGCCGCGGCGCACGGCCUGGGUGAGUGGGAGUGUCCCUGAAAUCGAGGGUCUUUCCACCGAGGAGCUAGAGCAUUGGCCGGGCAACGAGCAGUUUCCGCUCAACCCUACCUUGCUCCAGGGCGUGUCCAUCCAGACGAGCCGCGCCCGUCGCUGGCAGGUCCUGCCGGGCAGGACACACCCGCUCAUGACGGAGCGAGGAGGGGCUGAUGGGUAUGUGCUUACGGCCUGGAGAGCAAAGCCGGCGGAGGGGAAGAUUGCGGCGAAAGGAAAGUUCAAGCGUCGGAAGGUCGAGUCUGACGCCGCGACCCCCGCGUCGGCGUGAAAUCCAGGAACAGGAAAAUCGGCAAUAGCUUUGGGCAUCUGUAUUACACCAUGGCAUUGGCGUCACUAGAUACCAUUGUACAAGUAAGAUUGUUGUUGUGAUGGACGGCUUUCGCCUUGGGCUUGCUGUCUCUGGCGCUCUAUCAUGGUCCGCCUCGUGGCAACAAACCGGUCCCUGGUCGAUA